UCAGUGUCCGGGAAGCCUAUCGCCUUUCCCAGGAGCGCUUACUCUGUGAUCCAAGCAAUAGCCACGCAGCCUGGUUUAUUGUUUGUGGAGUCCUGUGGAUCCUGAGCGGUUCACGGACGGGGAGAGAGGGCAAGUGGGCGCUGUAUGAUUCGGUGCUGCGCUGCGACAAGGGAGCCGAACUCUUUGAUUUCUCCUGGGACACCUGUGUGGGCGAAGUUUGAACGGGGCGCCCGGGUUGACCCCCGAACCUCGUUCUCCAGCCCGAGGAGCUCCCUCCGUCUGCAGCAGACGGCUGCUCCCUGCCCGUGUGGGGAAGGAUGCCUGGGAGAGGAGCAGGAUUACAGUAUGGGAUGCUAGGCAUCCACCAAAGAAUCGGAGUGCCUUGGUUCCGUUCUCCAAGUCCUGACAAGUGUUCCUGAAAUGAACGCGUUGCUUCAUUUUUAAAGUUACACCAAACCAAGUGCCGCAAUGUGGCUAGGAUAACAAACAACAAAAAAAGAAUUUUGUUUUCUUUCUUUUCUUUUUGUUUCCUAACCCCUCAUUUUCCUUUUCUUUGUAAUUGGGUGACCUAGGAGCAAGCAGUCUUGCCGCAUCACGCCGUGCCUGACUCCCAGCGCUGUCUGAAUUAGUGGGAAGGAGCAGGUUCGUUUAAAGGACAUGGAACACUUGUAAAACCCAGCGUCUGGUUUGCGGGGCUGUCCUUUGUCUGUAGUCGAGCUUGGUGUGCAAGAAGAUGAAAAAGGAAGGCUCUUCAGGUUCUUUCAGACUCAAGUCAAAUUCAGGGUCUCUCUCACGUGCUGUGAGUUGGAUAAAUUUCUCCUCCUUGUCCAGGCAGACAAAGAGGCUGUUCCGCAGUGAUGGAGAGCUCUCGGUUUGUGGGCAGCAGGUGGAAGCAGAUGAUGAAAACUGGAAUUACAGAACCCAGCCCCGAAAAGCUGUUUCCAACCUAGAUGAGGAGAGUAGAUGGACAGUCCACUACACGGCCCCAUGGCACCAGCAGGAGAAUGUGUUCCUUCCCGCCACGAGACCGCCCUGUGUGGAGGACCUGCACCGCCAGGCCAAGCUCAACCUCAAAUCAGUAUUGAGGGAAUGUGAUAAGCUGAGGCGGGAUGGCUACCGAAGUUCACAGUACUACUCCCAGGGGCCGACCUUUGCAGCCAGUACCAACCCCCUCUGCGAUGAUUAUCAAAACGAAGAUGAAGAAACAGAUCAAAAGUGUUCUAUUUCUUCAUCAGAAGAGGAAAGACUUAUUUCCAUCAGGAGACCUAACACGCCAACCUCAAGUGACUUCUCUGACCUUCAUACUCAAACGAACUGGACCAAGUCACUUCCUUUGCCAACGCCAGAAGAGAAGAUGCGACAGCAAGCCCAAACAAUCCAGGCUGAUGUGGUUCCCAUUAAUAUAACUGGGGAGAAUUUCGAUCGCCAGGCCAGCCUUCGGCGGUCUCUAAUUUACACAGACACUCUGGUAAGACGACCGAAGAAAGUCAAAAGGAGAAAGACUAUUACAGGAGUCCCUGACAACAUACAGAAGGAGCUAGCAUCAGGCACCGGCCAGGAUGAGGUCGGUGCUCACUCAGUGUAUACCCCAGACCACUACUCCACACUAGGAAGGCUUGACAGCUCUCGGGCUGCUGGGCAGCGCUCAGAAACCAGGGACUCCAGCUGUCAGACCGAGGAAGUGAAAGUUGUACCACCUUCCAUGAGAAGAAUCAGGGCACAGAAGGGGCAAGGCAUCGCUGCCCAGAUGAGCCACUUCUCAGGCUCCUCUGGGAACAUGUCUGUGCUGAGCGAUUCCGCGGGUAUCGUGUUCCCUUCCCGCCUCCACAGUGAUGCUGGUUUCCACAGCCUUCCACGUUCUGGAGCAAGGGCAAACAUCCAGUCCCUCGAGCCACGGCUGGGUCCCCUGGGCCCUGCGGAAGACCUGGAUGGCGUGCGCCCCUACCAGAGCGGGAACCCACAAGUAGAUGAAAACCUAGGACACUUAGGAGGUGCCUCGAGGACCGGAACACUUUUGAGGCCCAAGUCCCAGGAGCUGAGGCACUUUGAGAACGUGAUUAGCCCAGCCUGCGUGGUUUCUCCUCACGCAACCUAUUCCACCAGCAUCAUCCCAAACGCCACGCUCUCGUCCUCUCCGGAGGUCAUUAUUAUUCACGCUGCUCACAGUCCAGGACAGCUGGACGGUAAAAUUACCAGCUCCUGUUCAUACCUGAAGGCAAAAUCCAGAGAGCACCUCCUGUCCAGGCAUGCUAGUAAAGAGGGCCAUCAGUCUCACGGCGGUCACUGGACUGAGGGUCACCCCACUGUUCUUUCCCAGGCCCUAGAUCCCCGUCCCCCCAGUGCAGCCAUGCUGUCCUCCCUCUGUGAUUCAGCGGUCUCUCUAAAUACUCCAGCUAGUCGGGAGAAUGGAUCCCAAGCCAUGACCUACGACUGUAAAAACAACCUGGGCUUUCCAGCGCACGCCCAGGAUGUGGAUGGCAAAAGCGAGUCCAGUUUUUCCGAGGGCGGGGGGCACGGCAGCUCGGAGCCCUGGGAAUACGGCGCCGCAGGUAACGGACGGGCAUCCCCACUGAAGGCACGUGCGGCAACUCCCGGCUUCUCCACUCCCGGAAGUAACAUGAGCAGCUGCAGUUUGGAUCAAACGUCGACCAAAGAUGAUGCCAGGUCCCUGUAUUCAGAGGAGCACGAUGGCUUCUACGCAUCUAUGCACCCCGACCCCGGACACGGAUCUGGAAACCUGUGCAAUAGCAGCGAUGGCUUCGGGAACCCCAGGCACAGUGUGGUCAAUGUUUUUGAUGGGCGAGCUCGGAAGAGCCAAGGGGACCGGCCGCGUGACCAUGACAAGUCCCUUUCGCGUAACAUCUCUUUGAAGAAAGCGAAGAAGCCGCCCCUGCCACCCUCCCGGACGGACUCCCUGCGCAGGGUUCCCAAGAAGGGCGUGCAGGCCAACGGACAGGCGCUGAACGAGAGCCUGAUCGCCUCGCUCCAGCACUCGCUGCAGCUGAACCUCCCGGGCAAGGCCAGGGGCGGCAGCUCGCCCUCGCAGAGCCCCUGCAGCGACUGUGAAGAGCCCUGGCUGUCCCGCUCCCGCAGCCAGAGCACGGUGAGCGCGGGCAGCAGCAUGACCUCGGCCACCGCCCCCAACGUGUACUCCCUGUGCGGGGCCACGCCGUCGCAGAGCGACACGAGCAGCGUCAAGUCCGAGUACGCGGACCCCUGGGGGUACUACAUUGACUACACGGGCGCGCAGGAAGACCCCGGGAUCCCCGGCGGGGGCUGCCCCGGCGGCAGCGGGGCGCCGGCCGGAGACGGGCCAGCCUGCCAGGUCCAGGAGGGCUCCGGGACCGCGAUGCCCCAGGUGCCCGGUGGCGCCGUCAAACCAAAGGUCACGUCACCGGAGAAGUCCCACAGAGUCACUUCUCCAUCCAGUGGGUAUUCCAGCCAGUCGAAUACACCCACAGCGCUCACCCCUGUGCCUGUGUUUUUAAAAUCCGCGUCACCAGCAAACGGGAAGGGGAAGACCAAGCCCAAGGUGCCAGAGAGGAAGUCCUCCCUGGUAUCUUCAGUGUCCGUCUCUUCGUCGUCCACCUCCCUGUCUUCCAACACUUCCACGGAAGGAAGCGGGACGAUGAAGAAGCUGGAUUCUGCGCUGGCCUCUCCCCUUGCUGCCGUUCCUCUUCCCCCUCCCCCGCCUUUAGUAGACUCCCCCGAGGGCUCUCUGCCUCAGUCUCCCCUUUUCCCCCCUCCACCACCGGAAGCUCUCACUCCCUUCUGUCCCCUCCCUGGCCAGGGCUUUCCCCCUCCCCCCAGGGCACUUAGCCCCCUUCCUCUGGGUGCCUCGGCUUCCCUGCCGCCUCCCCCUGCCUCGGUACCCUCCUCAGCUCCCCCGCCUGCCCCACCCCUUGACCCCAAAUUGAUGAAAGAUGCCAGGCCGUCUUUCAAAAAAUCUGGCCAGCCCGAGUGCUCCUGGGAGGCCGUUAGGCAGCCCGCUAGCAAAGAGGAGGGCACGAGACCCCCCAUGCCCCUGAUAACCACUGAAGCAUUGCAGAUGGUACAGUUGAGGCCCGUGAAAAAGAACUCAGGAUCGGAGCAAGCACUGUUAUAUGAACAAGUAUCUCAGGAAACACUAACUCCGGUUGUUCCCCAGUAUCAUUUAAAGCCAUCUGCUUUCCUGAAAUCCCGAAAUAGCAUAAAUGAAAUGGAGAGUGAAAGCCAGACUGCCUCUGUGACAGGCUCGCCGCCGACUCCUGCCAAGAGCUUGAGUCAGGGUCACCAGGACGGUGCAGCUGAGCGUGGCCUCCUGAGCCGCAGCCCGGGCCGCGCCGCGGAGCCAGAGGCCGGGGCCGCCCCGCUCCAGGAGCCCCCCGGCCCGUCCCCAGGCAGGAAGCCACCCCCCAUUUCCAAGAAGCCCAAACUGUUCCUUGUGGUGCCACCUCCGCAGAGAGAUUUCACAGCGGAGCCCGCGGAGAACGUGAGCGGAGCAUCUCCCAGCCCCACGAGGGGAGAGGCAGCCGAGACUUGUAGAGCCGGGGCCGGUCCAGACGAGACCGGUCCUGGCGGCUCGGAUCUCGAGGGAGGGGCUGCAGCUCCCGCUUCCCCCGGCAGAGUGAGAGCCAAUGUCCCCAUGGUGCAGCCCGAUGUCUCGCCAGCCGCCAAGCAGGAGGAGCCAGGUGCCGAGAACAGUGCAGACGGUGGAGGCAGCGCGGAGAGCUGCCUGUCUCUACAGGACGGAGGGCCCGGGGUGCCAGAGCCGGACACAGGGGCUGCUUCCUCGGAGGCCUGCGACUUCCUUAGGGAAGAAGGGAGUGAGGAGGUGAUGACCCCCAGCAGACCCCGGACCACAGAAGACCUUUUCGCAGCUAUUCACAGAUCCAAGAGGAAAGUCCUUGGCCGUAAAGAUUCAGAUGAUGAUCACUCCCGAAACCAUUCUCCCUCCCCGCCAGUGACACCCACUGGUGCUGCCCCCAGCCUGGCCUCCCCGAAGCAAGUGGGGUCAAUUCAGAGAAGUGUCCGUAAAAGCAGCACCAGCAGUGACAACUUCAAGGCUCUGCUGCUAAAAAAGGGGAGUCGGGCAGACACCAGUGCCCGCAUGUCUGCAGCCGAGAUGCUGAAGAACACAGACCCUAGAUUCCAGAGAUCAAGGUCAGAGCCUUCGCCAGACGCCCCCGAGAGCCCGUCAAGCUGUUCCCCAAGCAAGAACAGGCGGGCCCAGGAGGAGUGGGCCAAGAACGAAGGUUUGAUGCCUCGGAGUCUGUCCUUUUCCGGCCCCCGGUACGGCCGCAGCCGAACCCCGCCUUCUGCGGCCAGCAGCAGAUACAGCGUGCGGAACCGGAUCCAGAGCAGCCCCAUGACCGUCAUCUCGGAAGGCGAAGGGGAAGCCUUGGAGCCUGUAGACAACCGGGCUCGCCGGGCCCCGGGUGCUGCGAGGGGAUGCUCCCUGGAUGGACCGGUGGAGGAUGAAACGGACAAGGGCAGCCUGCUCUGUGGCGGGGAGCCCGCCGCCUCGCCGCAGGCACAGGGUCCCGGCCCCGCCAACGGGACAGUCACGGCGGAGCGCACGGGUCCAUCAGAACGGUGUGGAGGUCCUCUGGGGGAGGAGAGCUAGGGACGAGAAUGUGAGUCUCCCAGGUAACGUGAGGGAGACGCACAACACCUCGCUCUAGGAAGUCUGACAGGUACCUUCCCUGCCUUGCCCGUGGAUCCCGCUCAGCGUUUGUGCUGUGGGCCCCGGGCGCUGCCAGCCCUACAGCGGAAGGGGGGUGUUAUUUAGGCCUCCCCUCGGCACUUGCCCUGUGGCCGAAAAGCAAGUAGAAGCUUAACUUCCAGAAGUGCUUCCUGGGGAAGAUUUCUUUUUUUAAUUCCUCCGCACGCCCCUUUUUUUUUUUUUUUUUUUUUUUUUGACUAAAUGCUGGGUGGGUGGGUGGGUGUGGAAGGGUGUGUGUGUGUGUGUGCAUUUUGAACCCUUUUGUGUUAAAACACACGCGUGCGUGCGCUCACACACACAUACACACGCGCACACACACACAAACAGCAUGUACAGAAAUAGAAGGAAAGAUGGGUGGAAACAUGGAAUCUUCUGGACUAGGUGGGAAUUGCUUGAAAAGUAUUCUGUUUGGGGAAACUAGUGAGUUUCUGAAGAAAGAGGGGAGAGAACCAUUCCUUCUAAGAAAGAGGGGGCAUAUUGGCUGGUGCUGCAGAGGACACGGGGUCCCGGCCCCGGCGUGCUUUCGAGGUGAGCUGUGUCGCGAUGAACCCAAAACGAUGGGAAAGGGCUAAAUGACUAAUGGGUUCAGGUACUUUUUCCUGGGGAAAAAAGGCUUGGUUUCGUGAACAUGACAAAUGUGGGGAAGUGGCAGGGCAGUCACUUGGAGCCUGCUCCGCUGCGGCCACAGACACACGCCUUCUGGCCUGAGUUUUAGACACGUGGGCAGUCUUUUCAUGACUUUCCUCCUUGAGUAGCGGCCGAGGCCUUCCUUGAGAACGAAGAUGACCGCGUACGCGCACAGAGAGGGUGAGAGGGGACAGAAGGGAAGAGGGGCAAGUGAUAAAACGCUGCUGGAAGCUGUUUCCUGCUUAUGAAAUAAACUUAUUUUUCAGAAUUCCACUUGAAGACUUGCACUACAGAACUAUGGGUGGAGAUUUUCCUUUUACGGCCGUUUUUACCAGAGUGUAAACUCGCAUUUGGCAAUUUCUUAUCGCUUGACAUGUCAACAUUUGCUGACUUUUUUGGAUAUCCUUUUGGUGACACCAAAGAUAUAGGUAUGGCUAUUUUUCCUUGACCUGCCUACAUACAGUACCAUGGCCCCAUUUAGAAAGGUUUAUCAGAAUCUAUUCUAUAUUCUCAUACUUUGAAGAAAAUGCUGAAUACCUCUUGUUAGUCAAAUACACUAAUAAAAAUUGGCAGGGCUUGGCUAUUAAUUAACCCUGGGAAAUGAGAUUUUAGAUUAAAAAGAUUUUUUGCAUCAUUUGGUUUGUGAGUUUUUAUAUUUUUUAUAAGCAAUUGAGUUGGCUAAUUACCUUCUAAUCUUCUCCAGCUAGAAUUUUUAAUACUUAUAGGCGUGGGAGAAAAGUGUGUAAAGUAUUUAUUUUUACGUCCUACUCUUGUGCCCCGCCCCCCCGCCCCCAUUCCCUCCCAACUGCCGUGUACCUGGACUCCUCUAUUUGUUGGUUACAUGAAACAAGCCUUGUCGCCCUCAUUAGAAGGACUUGGGACGACAACACGGAGAUCCUUGGCCCGUGUGCAGUACGGCUACCAGCGGUCAUCUCUUUCAGCAUAAAAACGUCAUCUAAACGUUGGACCGCACGGGCCAGACUAUCAAAAGGUUUAUUACACAUCACAACCGUAGACCCCCAUUUUAGACACGGCUUUGAGACAAAAACAAACCUAAGGAAUGAAGGCUUCUUCCAUCCUCUGAAGAAAACAAAACCCUUCUUUUCACACAGCCCGCAAUGAAGAUCUGAUGUUUGGCCAAAGGCUAACGGGCUUUUCACCAUUUGGAGCUACCGUCUGCCGUGCUGGGCCCGAGGAUCUCCUCGUCUGCAUUUUAGAAAAGUGGUGUUGGCUUCUGAAUAUGAAACCUCCUCGCUCCCUAAGCCCGAUUAGAAUGUACGUGAAUAUCAGACAACUUUAACUUAAUAUAUAAAUCAUUUAUGUCGAAGGUAAAGUAAAACAACAUCACCACUAAUUAUAAAACUAUUUUAAAAAUCCCCGUUUUUAAAGAAAAAGGAUACUAGGUUUGAAAAUUUGCUUUGAAUAAAACAAUUGUAAAGGAAA